CGCGGGCCGCCCCGGUCAGCGCCUCCCGCCCUGCCGCCGGCCCGCCGCUGCCGGCCCAGAGGCGGCGCAGGCCCCGGCCCGGAGCGCGAGCGCGGAGCCCCUGGCGCCAGGAGGGGCUGCCUGGUGGGCAGCGGCGCGGCAGCAUCCUCUGCCGCGCGCCCGGGCGGGGAGGAGGAGGCCGGGCCGGGCCGCCCGCCGCCCGCCGGAUGCCGGACGGGCGAAGGUGAGUGACGAUGGCAGGGAGGACGUGACCCGCACGGACCCUCGUCCAUCCAGGGAGUGGCACCACCAUGCAGAAGCCCAGUGGCCUGAAGCCCCCUGGCCGUGGGGGGAAACACUCGAGCCCUGUGGGCCGGACGUCCACUGGGUCCACCUCGGCCUCUGCCACAGUGGUGGCCACCGGCUCCAAGGAAGGCUCCCCCCUGCACAAGCAGGCCUCGGGCCCCUCCUCUGCAGCCGCCACCCCCGAGAAGCCCGGCACGAAGGCGGCUGAGGUGGGCGACGAUUUCCUGGGGGACUUCGUGGUGGGCGAGCGGGUGUGGGUGAACGGCGUGAAGCCGGGCGUGGUGCGCUUCCUGGGUGAGACGCAGUUCGCGCCGGGCCAGUGGGCGGGCGUGGUGCUGGACGAGCCGGUGGGCAAGAACGACGGCGCCGUGGGCGGCCUGCGCUACUUCGAGUGCCCGGCCCUGCAGGGCAUCUUCACGCGGCCCUCCAAGCUGACCCGGCAGCCCACGGCCGAGGGCUCGGGCAGCGACGCCCACUCGGCAGAGUCGCUGACCGCCCAGAACCUGUCGCUGCACUCAGGCACAGCCACGCCACCGCUCGGCAGCCGCGUGGUUCCCCUGCGGGAAAGCAUCCUCAACAGCUCCGUCAAGACAGGCAACGAGUCGGGCUCCAACCUCUCCGACAGUGGCUCUGUGAAGCGGGGUGACAAGGACCUGCGCCUGGGAGACCGCGUGCUGGUUGGCGGGACGAAGACUGGCGUGGUGCGGUAUGUGGGGGAGACAGAUUUUGCCAAGGGCGAGUGGUGUGGCGUGGAGCUGGACGAGCCCCUUGGGAAGAACGAUGGGGCAGUGGCAGGCACCAGGUACUUCCAGUGUCCACCCAAGUUUGGUCUCUUCGCACCCAUCCACAAGGUGAUCCGCAUUGGCUUCCCGUCCACCAGCCCGGCCAAGGCCAAGAAGAGCAAGCGCAUGGCCAUGGGCGUCUCGGCCCUGACCCAUAGCCCCAGCAGUUCCUCCAUCAGCUCUGUCAGCUCCGUGGCCUCUUCCGUGGGGGGCCGGCCCAGCCGCAGCGGCCUGCUCACGGAGACCUCUUCGCGCUACGCCCGCAAGAUCUCGGGCACCACAGCCCUGCAGGAGGCGCUGAAGGAGAAGCAGCAGCACAUUGAGCAGCUGCUGGCUGAGCGGGACCUGGAGCGGGCCGAGGUGGCCAAGGCCACAAGCCACAUCUGCGAGGUGGAGAAGGAGCUCGCCCUGCUCAAGGCGCAGCACGAGCAGUAUGUUGCAGAAGCAGAGGAGAAGCUGCAGCGGGCCCGGCUGCUCGUGGAGAGCGUGCGGAAGGAGAAGGUGGACCUGGCCAACCAGCUGGAGGAGGAGAGGAGGAAGGUGGAGGACCUGCAGUUCCGAGUGGAGGAGGAGUCCAUCACCAAGGGAGACCUGGAGACCCAGACGCAGCUGGAGCACGCGCGCAUUGGGGAGCUGGAGCAGAGCCUGCUACUGGAGAAGGCGCAGGCCGAGCGGCUGCUCCGAGAAUUAGCCGACAACAGGCUGACCACGGUGGCCGAGCAGUCGCGUGUGCUGCAGCUGGAGGAGGAGCUGAGCCUGCGGCGGGGCGAGAUCGAGGAGCUGCAGCAGCGUCUGCUGCACUCAGGCCCGCUGCCCGCCGACCACCCCGAGGCUGCCGAGACCCUGCGGCUGCGCGAGCGGCUGCUGUCGGCCAGCAAGGAGCAGCAGAGGGAGAGCGGCGUGCUGCGGGACAAGUACGAGAAGGCCCUGAGGGCCUACCAGGCCGAGGUGGAGAAGCUCCGGGCGGCCAACGAGAGGUACGCGCAGGAGGUGCUGGACCUCAGGGCCAAGGUUCAGCAGGCCACCAGCGAGAACAUGGGGCUCAUGGACAACUGGAAGUCCAAACUGGACUCGCUGGCCUCGGACCACCAGAAGUCCCUGGAGGACCUCAAGGCCACCCUGAACUCGGGCCCGGGCGCCCAGCAGAAGGAGAUCGGGGAGCUGAAGGCCGUGAUGGAGGGCAUCAAGAUGGAGCACCAACUGGAGCUGGGCAACCUGCGGGCCAAGCACGACAUUGAGACCGCCAUGCAUGUGAAGGAGAAGGAGGGCCUGCGGCGGGAGCUGCGCGAGGCCCAGGACCAGCGCCGCGAUGCCGAGCUGCGGGUGCACGAGCUGGAGAAGCUGGACGUGGAGUACCGGGGCCAGGCGCAGGCCAUCGAGUUCCUCAAGGAGCAGAUCUCCCUGGCCGAGAAGAAGAUGCUGGACUACGAGACGCUGCAGCGGUCGGAAGCCCAGAGCAAGCAGGAGGCCCAGAGGCUGCGGGAGAAGCUUCUGGUUGUCGAAAGCAGACUCCAGGCUGCCGAGUCCCUGUGCUCGGCCCAGCACACCAACAUGACUGCAUCAAACGACCUUUCUGGGGAGAAGAUUGGGAUGAAGGAGACCGGGGAAGGACUGCAGGACAAGCUAAACAAGAAGGACAAAGAGGUGACAGCCUUGAUGUCCCAGACCGAGAUGCUCAGGGCCCAAGUAAGUGCACUGGAGAGCAAAUGCAGGUCCGGAGAGAAGAAGGUGGACGCCUUGCAGAAGGAGACACGGCGCCUGGAGGCCGAGCUGGGGGCCGUGUCCCGGAAGACCCAUGAUGCCUCGGGCCAGCUGGUCCUUGUCAGCCAGGAGCUGCUCAGGAAGGAGCGGAGCCUGAACGAACUGCGAGUGUUGCUGCUGGAGGCUGGUCGCCACUCCCCAGGCCCCGAGAGGGACCUGAGCCGUGAGGUCCACAAGGCUGAGUGGCGGAUCCAGGAGCAGAAACUCAAGGACGACAUCCGGGGCCUGCGUGAGAAGCUGAGCGGGCUGGACAAGGAGAGGGCCCUGACGGAGCAGAGGCGCUGUUCGCUCAGCGACCCGUCCUCGGCGUCCGAGCUCCUGCGUUUGCAGCGCCAGCUGAUGGGCACGGAGGACGCGCUGCGCGCUGCGCUGGACCAGGCUCAGCAGGUGGAGAAGCUCGUGGAGGCCAUGAGGAGCUGCCCCGACAAGGCCCAGGCCCUCGCCAGCUCCGGCUCUGCCAACGGCGUCCACCAGCAAGACCAGGCCCAGAAACAGGAGGACAAGCACUGACCCUGAGGGACAGCGUGGAGCGACCCAGUCCACACCACACCUCUCCGGCCUGCCCCAGCGGCGCCCCUUCCAGGCAGGGGCCAGGGCUGUCACUUUGGAGACAAGAACAGUGUUUGUAACAAUAACGUCCCCACCGCCGAGGACAGUCCCCCGCCCCCGACGCCCCUGCCGGAUCAGGAGGCUUCCUCAAACACGGCCUUCCAUGGAGAGCAGGAUGGCCCCGGCCUGGCCCCCGGGACCUUCUGCCUGGGUACCCAAGAUGCCCCAACAGUUUCUGGAGUUUGUUUGGGGAGGCCAGGGCAAUCCGGCCAGGCCCCUCUCCCCAGAAGGAGCUGCCCUGAGGACUCUCUUGGCCCUGAGCACGGCCCUGCCCUCCCCUUCCCUCCUUCUCCCGGGUCCCCCUGAGACCCCAGAGAGCCAUUGUCCCGGGAAGGGGUGGGCGGAGGCCAGCUUCUCCUUGCAGGUGCCGAGGAGGGAAGGCCAGGCCUGAGGAGCCGGAGGCGCGCCUGUUCCUGCUGCCGCUUCCAGGCCAAGGCAGUCCACAGAGUUUUUUGUCCCCACACACCGAGCUUCCUUCAGGGGUGGGACAAGUUCCCCUCAGCCAUCUGCCCAGCAAGGCACCAGGUUCAAGGUGUUGGGGGGCAUGGUCUUCCCCCCAACCCCAACACACACACAGCUCCAAGCUGCUGGCCAGAGAGUGGUGCCCAAGGCCCGAGCCACAGUGUUAGGAAAGUUUGGAAGCCCCCCUCACCACCACCACCACUGACCUGCUGGGAGCUGGGGCAGGGCAGCCGCAGGGACCCCCGAGCCAGGGCUGCAGGCAUGUUUUGACUGCUCAGGAAUAUAGUGUCCCGUGGGUCGACCAAAUGUUCCAAAACUGGGCCUCCCACCUGCAGAUGCACCCGGGCCGGCUCUGGCGUACGCACCGCCGACCCUUGGUGCACGCACACCCAGAGGUCGCCGUGCACGUGUGGCUGUGUGGGUGGGGCCUCUGCGGUCAGCCGUGCUCAGGCUGCACGCACUCAGUUCCAGGGCUGAGCCCCAGGCCUGGCAGGGCCGUGCCCAGACACACCGAAAACGUUCUUGUGACCCAGCUGUGCACAUACACAGCCGGGUGCACGUUGUGAGCGUUCAGGGAUGUGUCUCCCAGGCACAUGCACCUGGACGCACACGUACUAACAGCCCCUUCCACUCUCACCAGGGGCCUGCCCAGAGCUUAUUACGCCCCAUCUCCUGAAGCCAGGAAAACAGCCCACAGGAUGUUGGUGGCAAGAAAAAUGCAACUGUCUCUCUUCCUUCGUUUCAAGGCUGCUGAGUUGCUGCAGGCCUCGGCGUGGGGGGGAGCCAGCGCCCAGCAGCCCCUACCUCCCCCAGCGCAGGGAGUCCUCACAUGGGGCCCUCCCCCCGAGCCAGAGGGGGCAUCUGAUGCCCCAUCGUGGCGUUCCCAAGUGUGCCGGGACGGGCGUGCGGCUCCUGUCCUGGAAGCAGCCGGGCAGCCCGCGGCAGUCCCGUACAGGCGGCUGGUGGUCACGUCCUUGCCCAAGUGCAGCCUAUUCGGGGGCAGCCGCUUAGUGCCCCAGGCCCCUCCUCUCCCCCCUGGCUUUCGGCAGCUCUCGCAUGCAGUUUUAUUAACAACAGUCCAGAAGCAGUGCUAUAGUAGCUUAACCCAGAGGCAAGUACUACUCUUUCCAGCAAAAUCAGGCAGCUUGCCCCGCCCACAGGAGGCACCGACUAGUCUACUAACAGCGCAGGCCCACACCAGGAGGGCUUGCAGGUGGCAGGUGGCAGAGACGCGAGUUCCCUGUGAGCCUCUCUGCCUGCCCAGUGUGGGCCCAGCCAUGCCCCCCCAAGUCCCCCCCCACACCCUUCCCCUUCCCAAAGUGGAAUUGUUGAAGUGUGGCGAGUCUGUGCUCGAGACAAUAAAGCUUGUGACUGAGAUCCCGGA